AUGUCUCCCAUUGCGCUCGAACAGGAGGACCAUGCCCGCGAUGCAGCCUUCCACAAGGCCCUGCAUGGCAAGUCGGGCAAGGAGCGCGCUGGCUUCCUCGCCAUGAUGAAGAAGGACAAAAUUGCCCAGGCGGCCGCCGUCGACGAGUACUUCAAGCACUGGGACAACAAGGCCGCUGAAGUCGAGACCGACGAGACCCGCAAGGCACGGAGAGACGAAUACGCCACUCUAACUAGGCAUUACUACAACCUCGCCACCGAUCUCUACGAGUACGGAUGGGGACAGUCCUUCCAUUUCUGCCGCUUCGCAUACGGCGAGCCCUUCAACCAGGCCAUUGCCCGCCACGAGCACUACCUCGCCCACGUCAUGGGCCUCCGCGACAACAUGCGCGUGCUAGACGUUGGAUGCGGUGUGGGUGGCCCUGCCCGGGAGAUGGUCAAGUUCUCCGGCUGCAACGUCAUUGGAUUGAACAACAACGACUACCAAAUUGAGCGUGCGACACACUACGCUGCGAAGGAGGGACUGUCGGACAAGCUCAAAUUCACUAAGGGUGACUUUAUGCAAAUGUCCUUCCCCGAAAACUCCUUCGACGCCGUCUACGCCAUCGAAGCCACCGUGCACGCCCCCUCCCUCGAGGGCAUCUACAGCCAAAUCUUCCGGGUCCUCAAACCCGGCGGUGUCUUCGGCGUCUACGAGUGGCUGAUGACCGAAAACUACGACAACGACAACCCGCGGCACCGCGAGAUCCGCCUCGGCAUCGAGCAAGGCGACGGCAUCUCCAACAUGGAGAAGAUCUCCGUCGCCAUCGACGCCAUCAAGGCCGCCGGCUUCGAGAUGGAGAUGCACGAGGACCUCGCGGAGCGCGACGACCCCAUGCCGUGGUACUGGCCCAUUGCCGGCGAGCUCAAGUACAUGAGCUCGCUCAUGGACUUCCCCACCGUCGUGCGCAUGACCAAAAUCGGCCGCAGCAUCGUGCACAAGUUUGUCGGCGGGCUCGAGAUGAUCGGCAUUGCGCCCAGAGGCACCCAGAAGACGGCCGACUCAUUGGCCGUGGCUGCUGACUGUCUCGUAGCGGGUGGCAAGGAGAAGCUCUUCACACCCAUGUACCUCAUGGUUGCGCGGAAGCCGUUGGAUGCGGCUACUGCCCUCCUCCAGGACCCCACGAUCCCGGUGCCGGAAUAG